UUAGAAUGUGGCAAAGUGAAUAAAAAAAGCGAAGUAACAUCCAAAGAUAAGAAAGCAACGAUUGAAACAGCACCUUGGAAUGUCCUAAUAUAUAAAUUAUUUAAAACAGAUUCUAAUUAUUACUUUUCCUGUGUAGGAUCACUAAUUGGUCCAAAUGUAGUGAUUUCAAUUGCUCAUGGUUUUUGGAAAAAUGCUGAUUCACCCAAGACAAUAUCAGUAAACGAUGGCUCAAUCAAAGUCGCUAUUGGAAAAUAUGAUAAAAAUUUUAAAUUAAGAGACAACCUAACUCAAAUAGUCGAUGUUGAAACAAUUUAUGUGCCUGAAGGAUAUAAUUCAGCUGAUGGAAACUACGCUGAAGAUAUCUCUGUUCUUGUGUUAUCACACAAAGUUUCGUUUAUUAAUGGUGUCGCACCUGUUUGUAUCGAUUGGAGUAGUAAAUAUGAGGUACAGAAUGGAGCUCAAGGAAAGAUUCUUGUGUGGGAAGACACAAAAAAUGACACACAAAGUCUUGUUUUACUAGAAAAAUUAUUUCCAUACAUCGACCAUAGUACUUGUCAAAGAAAAAAUACAAGUGGAUUGGAUGAAUAUUUAACUUAUGAUAAGAUUUGUGCCGGUUCUAAAUUGGGUAAUACAGAACUAGCAUACCGGGUAGGUUCUGGAGACAGUGGAUCGGGUAUAAGUUUUUUGCACUCCAAUUCUUAUUUUUUAACUGGUGUACUCAGUACCACACAUACAGAAGAAAAUAAUACAGUCGCGGGUUUUACAGGCAUUAAACACCAUAUUAAAUUUAUUCAAGGAAUUUUGAACAAACGAGUAAUAGUGAAUUCAUGCGUUCUACCAACUGCCGAAGGAGUCUUGUAUUCUUAUGAAGGUUCUAAUGAGACUUUACCUCACGGUGCAUUAAUUGAUCAUCAUCUAAUUGUUAUUGAGAAUUGCGCAGUUGGAUAUUAUAAGGCUUAUCCCAAUGGUUUUAGGUUUUGUCAGGGAAGAGGAAAAUGGUUAUCGAAUUCUGAGAAAUUGUGUUUCAAAAUGUGUCCACCUCUACUAUCAGAUAGUUUAGAUAUUAAAUGUACGCUUAAUGGUCAGUAUGCAAACUGUUCAAAUUUAUCGAUACCCAAUACAAUAGCAACGCCAUCAUGUAAGCCAACAUAUAGUGCUCCGUAUGGACAAGAAGAUACUCCCCUUGAAUUACAUUGUCAGUCUAAUGCAUCUGGGUUUCAUGCUGAAGAUAUAGCUAUUAUUGUGUUAAGACACAGAGUUUCUUUUAGUAAUGGUGUGGCACCUAUUUGUAUCGAUUGGAAUAGUAAAUACAAUGUGGUCAAUGGCGAUCAAGGAAAGAUUGUUGGUUGGGGAAAAACGGAAAAAGGCAUUCCAAGUCCUAUUUUAUUAGAAGCAUAUUUACCAUAUAUUGACCACAGUUCAUGCCGAAAUAUGUAUACUAACGGAUUUGAACCAUUUGUAACUGUUGAUAAGUUUUGUGCCGGUUCUGAAUCAGUUUCAGGUCAAGGAGUGGGUAGGGGAGAUAGCGGGGCUGGCUUAUGCUUUUUCCACUCUGAAUUGUAUUAUUUAACCGGAGUAGCGAGUAUCAAGGAUCCAAAUACAAAUAAUUCAAUUGCAGUUUUCACUGACGUUAAGUAUCACAUUCAAUGGAUUCGUGGACUGUACAACAAAUAUAAUUAUAUUCAAUAGGAUUAUGCUAAAGGGUAAUGUUAUUAGAAUAAUGUAUUCCAAUUAAAAUUUAAAUCUAUUUAUUUUGUACAAAUAGGUUUUUACAUAUGUGUAACAAUUUUUUAGUGUUCCUACUAUAUUCAUUUUAAUCAGACAUAAUAUUAAUAAAAUGUACAUUUUUCAUAACACAUAUUAUUAUGUAGUACAAAAACAUUA